GCAGCAGCAGCAGCAUCAGCAACAGCAGCAGCAACAGCAGCAGCAGCAGCAGCAGCAGCGGCAGCAGGAGGGAUGGGUGUUUGAUAACUCAGCAUCAGCAGAGCCGCCUGGAGGAUUUGUUUACGAAUACAGUUGCAGCAGCAGCAGCAGCUGCUGCUGCUGCUGCUGCUUCAGGUGUACGUACACCUCAGCUGCCGCCUCAAGUUGAGGAUCCGUGGGUCUCUCACCUAAAGGCUGUUCUUCAAAAAGGUAUGGGUGGAGAUGCUGCUCAAAAAACCCUCUCCAAAGUAAAGGCGCAACUGCGAAAGGCUCUGCAGAAGGAACAACAGCAGCAGCAGCAGCAGCAGCAGCAGCAGCAGCAGCAGCAGCAGCAGCAGCAUUUCUUUUCUUCCCCACUCCGUCGCCAAGGCUCUCUCCCAGUAUUGGGUUUAGUUGGAUACAGCAACAGCGGCAAGACGACGCUGCUAAACUUUCUCUGUCUUUCUUCGCUUCCUGUAGCAGACGCACUUUGCGUUACGCUCGGCACUGCCCUCCGCCGCUGCAAAUUCAAACCCUUCCCAACACAUCACCGGGGCCCCCCAUUCAAAGGGGGGCCCCUAGAGGGGCCCCCCUCAGUUCAAGGGGGGCCCCUAGAGGGGCCCCUAGAGGGGCCCCUAGAGGGGCCCCCCCCACUGCAAGGGGGGCCCUUGGAGGGGGCCCCCACCUUACAGGGGGGGGCCCCCUUGCAGGGGCCCCCAUCCCAACGGCCCCCUAUAGGGGCCCUCAUCUCAGAGGGGCCCCCUUUGGGGGCCCCCGGUUCACAGGGGCCCCCUGCUGCUGUCUCUACCUCAAGGGGGCCCCCUAAAGGGGCCCCCCUAGAGCCCGCUGAGCUGGAGGCCCCUGGAGGGGGCCCCACCCCAUUAGGGGCCCCCACUCCACAGGGGGCCCCUAUUGGGGGCCCCACUCCACAGGGGGCCCCUCCAGGGGCCCCCAUUUCAGUGGGGCCCCCUUUAGGGGCCUCCAACUCACAGGGGCUCGUUGUAGGGGCCCCCCCCUCUAAGGGGGCCCCCUUGCAGGGGCCCCCGUUAGAAGGCGUUUGUAGUGUGGAGGGCAGUGAAGGUUGGGGUGUAUGGGGAGAAGUGCUGGUGAUGGAUUCGAUAGGUUUAAUUGAGGGUUUGUCAGGGAUAGGUAAGAGGCUUAUUACAGAGAGUUUCUUUUCUGUUGCUGCUGCUAGCGAUUUGCUGCUGCUGGUUGUUGAUGUAAUACACCCCAGGUGGAAGCAGCGAAGAGAAUACGCACUACAGGUCCUCAAAGAGGUGCAGCAGCAGCAGCAGCAGCAGCGGAGACGGAACAACAUACAGACAGACUGCAGCAGCAGCUACGCAGGCAGCAGCAACAGCAGCAGCAGCGACAAAUGCGGCAGCGACAGCAUCCAUACUAACACCAACAGCAACACCAGCAGCAACAGCAGCAGCGACGAAUGCAGCAGCAGCAGCAGCAGCAGCAGCAGGAAGGAGCUGCGUGUGAUAGAGGUUUGGAGUGUUGCGAAGGGCCCUAAAGGAGACUGA